GGGAGGCUUUCGCAGUUUAGUGGAUUCCGCCUUUCUGAGAGGCCGCUGAGCGUGGUUUGCGUUGUUGGAGCCAAGAUGGCUUCCCGACGGAUGACGCGGGAGUCUUUUGACGCCAUCAUGCAAGUCAAGGCGAAGCGGUACCAUCUGGACCGAAGCGACCCCAUCGACGAGGCUCUCCACCAACUCAGAGUUCACGCACGGCCAGCUCCGCGGGCCCAGUACGAGGAGGAGGAGGAAGAGGAGGAGUUCCACGGCGGCGGGAAGUACGUGCAGCGGGACUGGCGAGAAGAACCCUGGGACGACUAUUCACGGCCUUCGUACAGUUCCAGCAGCCACGUCGCCGAGGAGGAGGAUUACUUUGGCAAGAGCUGCACCCAGCCGUCUCCGCGGAGCCGCGACUACAGCCAGGCGCCUUUGCGCGAACGGGACUACGGCCGCUCGUCCUCUGCGGAGAGGGAUUUCGCGGAGCCGCCUCGACAAGAGCGGGACUACGUCCGCCCAGCUUCGCGGGAACGGGACUACAGACACCUCCCGUCCCGAGAGCCUGCCAGGCGCCGUGAGGCCGACUACGAAUCUCCAGACCUGCUGGCCGACUUCAGGGCCCCGGGGCUUUUGGAAGAAGACUACAGGGCCCCACGGAGUCAGGAUUACGAGCUGGAGUACAGCCUCGAACCCAAGAGAGAAUUCAGCCCCCCGUUGGCCAUUGGAAGGGGGAGGGGUCUGUGGGGGAAGGAGCGAGGCCUGGCUCACAGCAAGGGCGACAUGGCGGCGCCCAUCAAGAAGUGGGUGGCUAAAGGCCUGUCCCUGGCCGAUGAUUCGCUGGUGGACCCCAUCGACCCGCCCAAGCCGAGACCCGUGCUUCCUCACCGCCCCCAGCUGAACCUGCGGCCGAAUCUAGCGAUACAGCGAAGCAACCUGCCGCAAAGCCACCUGAAACCCCUGGGGUACGCCGGGGAGGAAGAGCCCAACUUAGAUCUCGUGGACUCCUCGGAUAUCUUCUCCACCUUCGGGGUCGAAAUCAUCAAAUGGGCCGGCUUUCACGAGAUCAAGAGGGACCCGGAAUAUUCCGAGCUCUUCCGGGUGCUCUUCACCCUGGAGACGGAGACCUGCGCCAAGAUGCUGGCCUCCUUCAAGUGCUCGCUGAAGCCCGAACACCAAGACUUCUGCUUGUCCAGCGUCCGGUUCCUGCAGCACGCGGCGCUGCGGACCCCCAAAGUGGACAGCCAGUUCCUGAACCUGCUUUUGGAGAAGCGGGUGGUCGUGACCAAGAACAGCUUCUUUGAGGUGAUCAAGCCUUUCGAUCGCUACAUGAUGCGGAUCCAGGACUACCUCUUGAGGGGCUGCACCCCUCUGCUGAUGGCCUGCAACGCCUAUGAGCUCAGCAUCAAGAGCAGUAGCUUCAGCGACCGGGCCCAGAUGGCCGCCGCUUUUGAGACCACCGUCUCCCUUUGCCGCAAGUCCUUGGCCCUCCUGGGCCAGACGUUCGCCCUGGCGUCUGCGUUCCGGCAGGAAAAGAUCCUGGAAGCCCUCAGCGUCUUCGAAACGGCUCCUUCACCCACCUUGUUCCCCAAUUUCGACACGUCGGCCCUGUUCGGCAGGGAGUACAUUGAGACCUUGCGGAGCUGGCUAGACAAAAGCGGAACUCGCAUGCGGCUCAAGAGGGCGACCGCUGGUCCGGAAGCCAGGCCCAAGAUUGUUCCGGAAGCCAGGCCCAAGAUUAAGAUCCCGCAAUGUACUGAUCCAAAAGUCGUCGAGACGAUUGAAAAGCUGGUGAACCGCAUGAUUUCCGGUAUGCUGACAGGAAGACAGAAAUGGGAGUUGAAAGGCAACCCGGAGUACUGGUUUCUGCAUGAAGAAGACAGCCUCGAGUACAAAUAUUACAAGCUGAAGCUGUCCGAGAUGGGGAGGCUCAUGACGGAGGUCAAGGAAGAAGCCAAGGAGGAGAAGACCCCCGAGCAGCGGGCAGCGGACACCGUGAGGACUCUGUUGUAUUACAAGAAAAUAGCAAGCAUCAAGAAGAAGCUCUUCCGGGGGAAGAGGCCUGGAAUCCUGCAACGGGCGGCGAGAGCCAAGAGAGUGAAGAAAUGCACCGUUGGGACCCAGACCCUCCUGUCCGCUGGGAUGAUGCUCAAGGAACAGCCACCAGGGGGCUCUUCUACAGGCCCCUCUUCUCCCGACCCAGAAGAGGUGAUGUCCCAGGGCGACGUUUCAGGCACUCAGCGCUUGCUGGGAGUUCCGGGAAAUUCCCAGUCCUUGAUGGCCCAGUUCCGUGACGUGGACCCCAAAACUAUGGACACUGCUCAGAAGUUGGCCGAGUUUGUGGCUGAGGUGGGCCCAGAAAUUGAGCAAUUUAGCAUCGAUAACAGUGCGGAUAACCCAGAUCUGUGGUUCCUGCAGGACCAAGAGAGCGCCGCCUUCAAGUUCUACCGCCUGAAAGUCCGUGAGCUGUGCCCCGCCAUCAACUUCAGCGGCGUGCCGGGGGGGGCGGAGAUCGGCGAGGGCUUGGGAGCUGCGGGGGCUGGUUGGGAGAACAUGGAGUACGAGGCUGAAAUGGAGGAAGAGGAGGAAGCCGCAGGGCUGACUGAGGAGGCAGACGACUCCCUCCUGGAAGAGGGACCGGCGUCGAAAGAGGAGGGCGGAGGCGACGAAGGGCAGGCCAUGUCCGAGGGCGCUGGCCCGGACGCCUCCGCCCAAGAAUCCGCCUGUGGCAGCCACUUCAGGCGCAAAAGGAUCAGCAGCAGAUCUCUGAAAGUGGGCCUGAUCCCAGCGUCGAAGAGAAUCUGCCUCAUAGAUGAACCCAAAGUCCACGACCCGGUCCGGAUCCCCUACGACCGGCCAAGUGGCUAUUCCACGUAUAAAAACAAGAAGAAAUCCAAGGACUUGGAAUUCCGGAACAAGAGACUGAACCAGAACAACAUCGGCUUCCAGAUGCUCCAGAGAAUGGGCUGGCAAGAAGGACUGGGCCUCGGCCUACAUGGCAAAGGCAUCAAGGAGCCUGUCAAAGUGGGCUCGACCUCAGCAGGGGAGGGAUUGGGUGUUGCGAGAGAGGAGAAGAAAGAAGAUACCUUUGCUACGUUCCGCCAGAGGAUGAUCCAGAUGUACUAUCUGAAAAGAGACCAAAUAGGUAGGUGUGUAAAACAGGGCAGGUGCUUUAUGUUUGAACGAUUGCUAAGAUUUAAAGAGAGAGAGAAAAGGGAGAGAGACUGGGCUCUUUUUAAACUUUGCCUUUAACCCAGUUAGGCACUGCUGGGUUUAUAUGCACACAGAGGUGAUCUGGAUUUUUAACCCUUGUUUUUUGUUUUUUCCUGUUUGUGUUUUCAUUUGGAAAAUCCAGAAUGACCUCUGAACUAAAGAAUAAUGAUUUAUUGCCGGGAUGCCUUUUACUGCCGUUCGGUAGGGCAUCUCGCGAGAAAAAAAAAAAAAAACCCAAAACGUUUUGGAACUAUUUUCCUUUGGCGCAUCCGAAGAGUUGCUGAGAUUAAAAAUCCCUAACAUCCUCAGAGAAGGCGGAUGUUCUUCAGAUGCAGUCACAACCGCCCGCCCUUCCCAUCGCAGGCCAGCUCCCUCUUGACAAGAACCUAUGAGUUAUCUAUUCCGCGUCCGAUACAAAAUUAUCAUUCCCCACUGUGAUGACGGGAACUUCUCACCCGUCUUCCUCAAGAUUGCAAGACGUUCAACUUUAUAUUCUUUAAACUUCCUUUUGACUCACUUUGCCUCUGGAACUGCAAUUCAGCACGGCGAGUUCUGUUACUGAAUCCAUUCAUUGAACGCCGGUGUUGCUGUUGUUUUAAAAGUCAACAGCAAAUAGGAACUGAUACCUUAGCUUUUAGCUCUAAGACGAGCCUCACCCUUCAUUUAUCCGCAAUUAGUAUCUCUGUGGUCCCAACGCUACGAAAUGUAGAAUUAUUUAGUUCAAUUUGGAGUCCUGCUAUCUGUCUAUACAGUCUUUGUUGCUGUUCACUUCUGAAACAACCCCCAACGUUGUGCAGGACGCGCUCCGUGUUUUGGAAGCAAGAUCGUCUGAAAUUCGCACAUACAUUUUUGCAUGCUGUAGGGCACCGUUAAAUAAUCCAUGAUUUCCGCAUGCUGGAGGUGAUGAUUGGGCCAUUUCAAGAUGGCUGCUCUGGUUUCCCACCUUCCAUCCGUCCCUCGCCAUCGCUGUGAAAAUGUCGGCAAAGACUUUGAUUGAUAAAAGAUAACAUCUUGGAUCCUAAGGCAAGCGAAAGAAAAUCCCUCUUAAGAACUAUCCAUCCAAGCAUCCUGGUUUUGAAUUGAAAACUCUUCCAAACGCUGAGUUUAAACGUACUUCUAAGCCAAUAUUAUUGGGAGUUCCCAAAUAAACGCGUCGACCGCCAAAUCUUCAGCUUUUCCAUACCUGUCCUCCAAAGACUCCUUCAUCUUGUUGACAGGAGAAAAAAUGCCUUCUUUUAUCUUCCAGCUUUCUCAACGCUUGGGUGUUCCUUUCCCGCAAACCCUCUGUUUUUCUGUGGGUUUCGUAACGCGCAUAAUUUCGUACACGCGCCGAUUCGUUUUGACGGGAAGCCCUUGCGCCGCUGCGGUUCACUGCAGCGCCUGGCUGACUCCAGCGCUGGGAAAUGCCGAAUAAAAGCGCAGCGUCGAAGAAGCUAUGUUACGUUUUGAGCCCGCGUGGCGUGUUUCUCCGCCGUUCUGAGGAGUUUAAAAGUUACAGAAAUGGCUGCUUUGGCAUAGAGCCAGAACUGUUGCUGUUGUUGCAGAGAUGUCGAAGAAACCUGGAAAAUCCCUGUCCUGGGGCCUGUCAGAUCCAAUCCUACCGAGUGGACGCUGCAUCGAAAUUUUGGCCAGGAUCCUCUCACUUUCCUCUGUUCCAGCUCCUUAUUUCUAGGGGUAUUUGGGUUUCUCUUUGCCAUGCAUAAUUUGAGCUUCUAAGCCUCAUCCAACCCAACCUGUUGUCCUAAUAACUGGUUUGACCUACAAGUUGGAUUUCUCCGACCUAUAAACGGUUUGUACCGCUGUCUUGGAGAGAAGUCCCUACAUUCUUUGGGGCGGGGUGUAUGUGUUUAUUUUUACAGCGAACUCCCCCUCUUCUUUCAUGUUACACCGAGGGUUUUCUGCCUUGACUUCAGAAAGGGGGAUGCAUAUCCAAAUGUAUCCUCUGGCUUUUUCCAGGCAGGGCAAAGUGCUGUAAUUCUUCAACCCGAUUUCAGUGGGGUGAAACAUUUGACACCCGUGCCGAUUUGUGCUCUUUCCAGAGCCUGCACAAGUGUACAGUCAACUCUUGGUGUCUUUUUAAAAGAUGAAUGCUAGAUCUCGGGGCGGUGAACCAAGGAGAAACUUUAAUCUCCGACUCUCCCAAAUAACCGUUGCUGUAUUCCGUCUUCCUCAUGCGAAGAUCUGGUUAGGCACAAAGUUAACAGAGCAACACUGGUGCUUUUAAAUUCCCAGUUUUGCUUUCAAUCAGUCUUACUUUGGAUCCUUAGAUGUGUGUGUUUUUAAACCAAGAUUUGCUUGGGGAAUUUUUUUUUUCCUUUUGUACGUAUAAAACCUGAUUUGGCAGGUAACCUCUGCCAGGGAACAUCUGAAUGCAUUUGCAAGAAUUUUUUUUUGAAACGUGCCGCUUGGUAGCCUUGACUGUUCACUCAUUUUUCUAUUGUUCUAGUUUUUCAGGCUCUCUGCCACGAAAAUCCCCACCCCACCCCCAAGCACCCUGGAACCCUUUUCACUCCUGUCGCUAGGAUGUGUGUGUGUCUCUCUCCCGUUUGGAAUGUUUUUGCAUUAAUUCCUUUUUUCUUUAGUGCUCCUCAACCAGAAAUUGAGAUUUAAUUUUUCUUCCUGUGGCAUUUAACAGUAUUGACGAGUACUUGAUAGAAAUUUGUUAGGCAAUGACUUGACGUUUCUUUUAAAAUGUUUAUUGACAUGUAACCCUUUUUAAAAAGCCUGCAAUAAACCUAAACCGGGGGAAAGAA